CGAACGUUUUUUAACCACCACAUUCUAAGAGGAUGGAGGCAAACUUAGUUCAGCCUUGUUCCGCCUUGAAAAAUCGUUUGUGUGGAAAUUUGCACUACAGUUAUCGCCUGGUAUGAGUGAAUUCAUGUGUAGUAAAGGAUUCCGAGAUGUCGGGUCGCUCAAAAACUAGAAACAUCAAAGCUGCCCGUAGGAAAAAUGAAGAAAAUAAGUACGACAAGCCGGAGUCCUUAACCUUGCAGGAUGUGCACUGUACUGUUUGCAUGGGUAUCUUUGUUGAACCCGUAACUUUACCUUGCUACCACACGACAUGCAAACUGUGUUUUGAGAGGACAAUAGACAAUAACACUUUGGCAUGCCCUUUGUGUAGAAAGUAUGUUGGUGGAUGGGUACGACAACGUCAAAAAAACGGCUUAAUGGUAAAUGAAGCACUGUGGUCUUACAUUCGACAGCAGUAUGACUCCCAUGUUCAAAAGAAACUCAAAGGAGAGGAUGAUGAAGAAAUUGAUGGUCUCACAGAACUUAAUAUUCCUACACCUAAAAUUAGUGAACCAGGGUUGAUUCGUCGAGAAUAUGAAGCAGAACGUAAGCGCAUGGAGGAAGAAGCCUUGAAACGUCAAGAGCAAGAGGCACAAGCUAGCGAAAAACUUAUAAAAGAGUUACAGGAAAAAGAAGAGGAGGAAAGGAGAAAUCUAGAAGAGUUAAGAAGGAAAGCUGAGGAGGAAGAUGCUUUAAUUGCUCAAAAAAUUGCUGCUCAACUUGCUGCAGAAGAUGCUAAAAGGGAAGCUGAAGAUGAGGAGAGCCUACAACGUCUCCUGGAGGAAGAACAAGCCCAGAGUGCUUUUGUAAGAAUAACACCUCACUUACCUUCAACUCCACUGCCUCCUUCACAACCUCUGAAAAAAGGACCAAUGGACUUGUUUCUCUCUCAAAACGGCCUAGCCAAAACAUCAAGAACAGAUAGCUCAAGCAGUACUGAUAGCUUUCAAACAGAAAUGCGUCAUUUUCGACCUGUUCAUUAUGUUCCAACAACUCCACCCAAGCAAUCUCCAGGCGGGACUAAAAAUAAACUUAGUGAAAUGUGUAAGCCAGUCCCAGUUAUGCGCAACUUGGAUGAAUGUUCAUCCACAUCAGCAACAGGUCCGAGUUCUAGCACUCUUCGCCCUUGGCUGAAGAGAGAUUCAAAGUCCCCCAAUGAAAAUACACCUGUGCAGAAUGUUAAAAGAGAUAGAUCACCCAGUGAUAUGCAAGGGAAAACUCCCAAGAAGUCAAGAAGAGAGUCACCCAGAAAGAAUCCCAAACCUAAAACCGUCCAAGGAAAGCUUUUUAGUAAUCAAAAGCUGAAGUCCAAAAAGACUGAUUCUGAUUCAGAAGCUGACUGUGAGAGGGAAUUUGAACAUCUGGCAGGCUUAGAAAGUACUUCAACUAGCGGCAGCUUAAACAUAGAGACUUUACCUACAACUACAUCAAAACCACUGUCCAUUAAUGGCCUCAUCAAUAGAAAUGACAACAGGUAUCGACAAGAACAAGAAGAUUAUGAAUUUGCCUUAAAACUUCAAGAGGAGCUUAAUGCACUGGAAAACCAGGGUCGAAGCUAUGAGCUUAGGAGUGUUGGAAAUUCCCCCAAGAAACCCCAGACAAAAAUAGUUACACCAAGAAAUAAGUCAAAGCCCAAGACAGCCUCUAGCUCAGGGAAAAAAGAGAAACGUCGCCAGUGUACAUUAGAGGAAUCUAUGAAUUUUUCUGUUAAAAUGGAGUUGUAGAUUUUUUAAGUGUCGUGAAGAGAUAAGUCUUCUGCCAGUCAUGUACCUUACUACAAUAGAAACCGUCAUAUUAAAUGUAUAUUUUAUGGACCAUAUAGAAAAAAUAUUUUUUUUCAAAUAUUGUUGUUUCCUGUUACAUGGUUUAGUCAUUGAAUGAUUGUAAGUCUAGGUAAUAUCCUUAAGUACAAAUGUUAUAUAAAAUUGAGAGCAUUUUGAUAUGCUUCUUAGAAUCUGACUUUCCUGGGUUUGAAUUUGGACAUUUGGAUACAUGUCUGUGUGCUUCUUCUUGACGCUUUGUAAGUGUUUGUAAUGAUGUAACUAUUUCUUCAUCCAACUCAUACUUUUGCAUGUUUGAAUGGUAUCACUAUGUAUUCCAUCCCUUUUGUUUUGACCUACAUCUAUAUGAUAUAUAGUACUUGACUCAUUGUUGGCUAUUGCCUAAAGCUCAAAUUGCAAAUUGCAAAAUCCUCGUGAACAGAACUGGAUUUUUGUUAAAAUAAUGUAUAUUUUAUGGAUUUUGUGCCCUCCUUGUUAAACUCUUAAUUCAAAAUAUUUUUCCUUUCUGUUGUAGAACAGGCAGUAUCAAACUUUUUUCUAUGGUUUAACCAUACUGUUCUGAAAGUUCUGCAUGUUCUGUUUCAUAUCCUUCAUCCAUUUUUCUUUAAUGGGAAUAUACUAGGGCAGAGUAAAAUAAUCAUAUACUACAAGUUUGUUUUGUAUCCCAUUGUAUAUUUCUCUCUAAUAGUAGAUAUAAAAUCUUUGGGUUAUUUGGCAUUGUUUUUCACUUCUGUUCUUGUUAAUUCUGUCAAAAAUAUUUUUGUAAAUUUUUUAUUUUAUUUUCUUAGCCACUAAUUGUAUUAUGUUGGUAUCAUUUUGGUUGCUUCAAAAUACCUACUACCAUGGAUACAAAUGAGAUUGUGGUAUAUGUGUAUGUACAAUCUUAACUCUGGAAGUCAUUUAAGAUUAAAUGUAGCAAAGUAA